CAACUUUAUAAUAAAGGUUCGUAGAAGAAGAGCGGCCCUAAGGCAUGGCGGCUGUCAGUUUGUAAUGAGCCAGCGAAACCAUAACAAAGUCCUGCAAUUCGAACUAAUCACAUUUAUACCACGUUUGUGGACACUCUACCGUCAAAAUGCAGAUUACGUUGAAAACUCUGCAACAGCAGACGUUCAAAAUCGACAUUGACGAAGAGGAGACGGUGACAACAUUAAAAAAGCGAAUCGAACAAGAGAAGGGAUUGGACGAUUUUCCUGUUGCCGGGCAAAAACUAAUUUAUGCUGGUAAAAUCCUCAGCAAUGACUCCGCCCUCAAAGAAUACAAAAUUGAUGAGAAGAACUUUGUUGUUGUCAUGGUGACAAAGCCUAAAAAGGGCCCAGCUGCCACUAAGCCGUCAUCCUCAUCCAGCACCGAGGCACCUGUGACGACGACGCCCACGUCACAGACGCCCACAGAGCGUGUCCCGGCUGAUGGCCAACCAGAUGCAAGGCGACCUGCCGCUGCCUUCCCCACGCCUCUUUCUGCCGGAAGCUUGGAGGCUUCCAUGAACUUAAUUGACGAAGCAGGUUCGAAUCUCGUGACAGGCACGUCGUACGACGCCAUGGUGACCGAGAUGAUGCUCAUGGGCUACGAGAGGGAGCAGGUAGUGGCGGCUCUGAGAGCGAGCUUUAACAACCCAGACCGGGCUGUGGAGUACCUGCUCUCGGAAAUCCCAAGCAGAGACCAGGUCCAAGCCAGAGGCUCUGACGCUGCGUUUUCUCCACUGACUGGCGCUCUAAGUGGACCUACAGGGGAUAUAAGCGACCCGCUCAACACUGGCGCUUCAGAAGGUGCAGGCAAUCCGCUCAGCUUCCUAAGGAAUCAGCCCCAGUUCUUUAUGAUGCGACAGUUGAUCCAGCAGAACGCUGCACUGCUUCCCGCGCUGCUGCAGGAAAUUGGCAGGGAAAACCCAGAGCUUCUGCAGGAAAUCAGCAACAAUCAAGAGCACUUCAUCCAGAUGCUGAAUGAACCCCUUCCAGAGCCGUCACCGACAGCCGGUGGAGGCGGGGGAACCGCCGGUGCGCCGGUGGACUCUCAAAGCGGAAGUAACAUGAGCUACAUCCAGGUCACCCCGCAGGAAAAAGAAGCCAUUGAGAGGUUAAAAGCCUUAGGAUUUCCAGAGGGACUCGUUAUACAAGCUUACUUUGCUUGUGAGAAGAACGAGAACUUGGCUGCCAAUUUCCUUUUACAGCAGAAUUUUGAUGACGACUGAUGGACGAUUUACAACGUAACUUUUUUGAUUUCCGGUAUUGGCUAUUAAUAUACAGUAAAAGAGAUUUAAAUAAAUAUCUCCCCACCAAA